AUGUGGAUCGCGUUGGCUGCGGUCGCUUUGGCGACGCUCGCUUGGUUUUUCAUCGAUCAGUUGAACUACUGGCGAAAACUGGGAGUUCCCCAGCCGUCGUUGUUGUUCAACUUCAAGGAGAUGUUCAACCUCUUCGCGCAGAGGAGAAGUUUCGCCGAAUCCGUGAUGAUGCUGUACGACAUGUUUCCGGAGAAGAGAUUCGGCGGCAUCUAUUCGUUCAAACAGCCCAUUUUGAUGAUCAGAGAUCCGGAUCUGCUGAAGGAAUUGACGGUGAAGAAUUUCGAUCAUUUCACCGAUCACACGAACAUCAUAUCAGAGGUGGCCGAGCCUUUGUGGGGCAAAAAUCUCUUCGCUUUAAAAGGUAAAAGAUGGCGGGAAAUGCGCCCGAUUUUGAGCCCCUCGUUCACUAGCAGCAAAAUGCGCGGAAUUUUCACGUUAAUAUCCGAAUGCGCGGAAAACUUCACCGAUUUCUACAGAAACUUCAAGGAGGACACCAUCGAAAUCGAAUUAAAAGACAGUUUCACCCGCUUCACCAACGACGUCAUCGCCACGGCCGCCUUCGGCGUUAAAUCCGACUCCUUGACGGACCGAGAUAAUCGAUUCUACGUCAUGGGCAAGGAAAUGACGUCAUUCGGAGCGAAUACUGUGUCCGGAACUAUGAAGAUGUUGUUCUUGAUCGCCUUCCCCGGAGUUUUCGAGGCACUCAACCUCAGGAUAUUCAGGAAGGAAGUGGCGGAUUUCUUCAUAAAUACCAUAGAAGAUACGGUGGAGACGAGAAAGAAAAAGGGCAUCGUCAGACCGGAUAUGAUCCACUUGUUGAUCGAGGCUCAAAAAGGCUCGUCGGAGACCAAGGAAGCCGAAGCUUUGGAAGAUGACAGUUUCGCGGCUCAAACGGAAUCGGAUUUAGGUAGAACACAGGGUGUUCAAAGGGAACUGACCAACAUGGAUAUCGCCGCUCAGGCUAUGAUAUUCUUCUUCGCAGGCUUCGAGUCCGUCUCGUCCAUGAUGUGCUUCAUGGGAUACGAAUUGGCCGUUAACGAGGAAAUCCAGGACAGGCUAAGGGAAGAAAUCCUGGAUACUUUGAACAACAACAAUGGAAAAUUAACCUACGAAGCUCUGAUUAAAAUGGACUACAUGGAUAUGGUUGUAUCAGAGGUUUUGAGGAAAUGGCCGGCAGCUGCAGCUGUUGACAGGCAAUGCACCAAACCGUACACCAUCCAGCCGAAACUUCCAGGCGAAAAGCCGGUUACUAUCGAGUUGAAACAAGCCAUCUGGAUACCGAUUUUCGGGAUACAUCGCGAUCCUUCCAUUUAUCCAGAUCCGGAGAAAUUCGAUCCGGAGCGUUUCAACGAAUACAACAGGACCAAUAUCAAACCGUUCAAUUACAUACCGUUCGGAGCCGGUCCGAGGAAUUGCAUCGGUUCCAGGUUCGCCUUGCUCGAAAUCAAAACGGUCUUUUUCCAUUUGCUGGCUAAUUUUAAAUUGGUUUCCACGGAAAAAUCGCAUAUUCCGCUGAAAUUGUCGGCCAAGAGUUUCAAUUUGACCGCACAGGAUGGGUUUUGGUUCGGCUUGGAGAAGAUUAAUGAUUAA